AAAUUUUGAAUGUUUUUAUAUAAAUUUAGAAAUGCUUCAAAAAAAUGAAAAGAAAAGAGACAUUUUAUGCUGAAAAUAUGAGUCAAACUUCUUUCUCCAAUUCAAGUAAUCUUGGUAAUCCUAGAAAAAUUAGUCGCAAAAAUGAGCAAGAAGAAGAUUCAAUAAAUCAUGAACAAAAGUAUGAUCGUCAAUUGCGUCUAUGGGGUGAUAAUGGUCAGCAAGAGUUAACUUCUGCAAAGGUUUGCCUUCUAAAUGCUACAGCAGUUUGUUCUGAAGUUUUAAAGUGCUUGGUUUUACCUGGUGUAGGAAGCUACACAAUAGUGGAUAAGCACUCUAUUUCAAAUGAUGAUCUAGAAUGUAAUUUUUUUAUUAAAGAUGAUUGCUAUGGGAUGCCAAGAGCGCAAGUUGUUUGUAAUUUAAUUCAAGAAUUAAAUGGAGAUUCUAAAGGUUUUUAUUAUAUUGAGGAGCCUUUAAAAAUGUUAGACGAUGAUCCUGAAUUCUUUAAGAAAUUUACCAUUGUAAUUGCAUCAAGACUAUCAGAACAUGAUCUUACUAAGUUCAGCAACUUCUUAUGGCAGUUUAAUAUACCUUUUGUUAUAUGUGAUAAUUUUGGGUUUUUAGGGUAUAUGAGAAUUUCUAUCAAAGAACAUGUUGUUAUUGAGUCACAUCCAGAUAAUGUUCUAAAUGAUUUGCGCCUUGAUAAUCCAUUUCCUGCUUUUCUGGAUUAUGUCAAUGAUAUUGAUUUAGACACUAUGGAUAACUACACUCAUGCUCAUACUCCUUUCCUAAUAAUUUUAUAUAAAUUUUUGAAUGUUUGGCGUACUAUAAGUCAGAAAGAAUGGCCCAAAACAAAUCAAGACAAAUCUGAAAUAAAAGCUCUUAUAAAACAGUAUGCAAGAAUAAAUGAAAGUGGUUUAGUUGAAGAAAAUUUUGAAGAAGCUAUGAAAAAUGUAAAUACUGCUUUUACAACAAGUAAAAUUCCAGAUCAAGUAUUACAGUUAUUUAACUGUAACAUGUGUUUACAUCCCGCUGGCCCAAAUAUGAAAUUUUGGAUAUUGGUCAGUGCACUUAAGGAAUUUGUAAAUCAAUUUAAAUGUCUUCCAUUACGAGGAACUCUUCCUGAUAUGUUCUCUGACUCUGUUCGAUAUAUUCAUCUUCAAAAUCUUUACAAAAACAAGGCCAAUGAGGAUGUCAGCAAUCUAACAAAUAUUGUGAGACAAGUGUUAUAUGACCUUCAACUUUCAGAUGCUCUAUUUACAGAAGAAGAAAUAAAACUUUUUUGCAAAAAUUCUUUUUUUUUACAUGUUUAUCAAGGUGAAGCUUUUCAUGAAGAAUUAAAACCAAGUGUAAAAUUAAAUUUUGAAGAGAUAGCUGAUGAUUUUAAAAGCAUAUACACAACUAUUCGCUCUAUUUAUUAUUAUUUGAAUACUUCUAAUUGCUUAGAUGUAAAAGAUGUUUAUAAAAUUUUUGAAGAAAUAUCUAAUAAAAUAUCAAAUCAACUAGGAAUUUCACAAAGUUGUUCUAUGGACCACUUUGGAGAACUUCUACGACUUAAUUUUAAUGAGGUGCAUGUAGUAGCAUCAGCCAUGGGAGGAAUUUGUGCUCAAGAAGUUAUAAAAAUUAUUACUAAACAAUAUAUUUUAUUGAACAAUACUUUUCUUUACAAUGCUAUUAAUCAGGAGACAACAACAGUAAAAUUGCUAAGAUAAUAGUAUUUUGUAAGAUUUAAUAUUGAUGCUAAUCCUUUAAUCUUUAUUUACCUUAUUUUAUUAUUAUUCUAAAAAUAUACCAACAUUCAAUUUAAAGAACUAUUUUGUUUAAAUUGAGUUUAUAAUUCUAUACAAAUUAAGCUUUUCUAGCUAAUAUUAUGUUAGAUAUGUUUCAUUGUAAUUUUUUAAUAUUUUUUCUUUGUCAUGCCUAACAUGUUUAUAUAUCUUUUUGCAAUAAUAGUUUACUCAUUA